AUGGCUCAACUAUAUGUGAAAUCCUUCACUCACUUGAAGGACCGUCCAAACGCAGACCAGGCCCUGGCAAUGCUGCAACGUGUCGCAUCGUUGGUUAAACCGAUAAUGCGCAAGCACGGAUGGAUACUGCCCGUGCUGUCCGAGUUCUUCCCAGAGAGCCCAAACCUUCUUGAUGUUAACGGCGGGGAGAAGAUCCUCCUGAGAUUGCGCCCUGCCUGGGCGCCCGAUACUUUCUAUGAUCUCGAAGAUGUCGUACAUACCAUGUUGCACGAACUCUCGCACAAUGUCCAUGGCCCUCACGACGAGAAAUUCUAUAAAUUCCUUUCGGGGCUGGAGGAAGAGUACGACGCACUUAAGCGUUCUGGCUAUGCAGGAGAAGGUUUCUUCUCGCCGGGACACAGAGUCGGCACUGGCGUGUCGCACGACUUGCCUCCGCAUAUCGCUCGUCAGAAAGCCCUGGAAGCAGCUGAAAGACGGCGGAAGCUGGGCACUCUGAUGAGCGGAGGCCGUCGGUUAGGCGGCGCACCGGUUCGCAGAAAUCUCUCCCCCAGGGAGCUCGCUGCUGAGGCUGCAGAGCGUAGAGCUAGAGACGAGAAAGCUUGUGGAUCGGGCGUACUAGCCCAGUGGGAGGCCCAGAAGGCUGCCAAAGAAAGCGUCGAGAGUGAGGCGAUUGAUUUAACAGGCGAUGCUUCGGAUGGGGACUCGGAUGUAAUCAUCCUGGAUCAACCUCCGUCCGAGCCACUAUCCGCUAAAGUCGUUGUGCAACAAUCAAAGGGUAAAGCCUUGGCAACGUCUAUGAAAAGUGAUAGCAAGCAUUCGAAACGCACUCCUAAUGCACAGCAAAGCGCAGUGCCAUCGGGAUCCGGUGCAGUCCCCAUUGUCGAUGGAGUCUGGUCGUGUCCCGCUUGCACGUACUUCAACGCUGCAGCGGCUUUCCGGUGCGCAAUGUGUGACACAAGUCGGCCGCAGUUUGGGUCUUCCGAAGGCUGGACUUGCAGGAUCUGUGGCGAAAUGGGGAUGCAUCAGGAGUUUUGGACCUGCCGAUUUUGCGGUACCAUGAAACCGAGUAGCUAA